AUGGCAAAGAAAUACAUUUUCUGGCCGAAUGGCUCGUGUACAAGUGAAAGUGGGGAAAUGCUGCAUCCGACAGAAGAUUUCACUCCGCUCAUGCUCGAGAAACUCGACACCGACUACGCGUACUAUUACGAUUGCUCGUUUCAAAGAGUGAAAGUCCGGGAAGGGAAAGUGGGCGGAGCUUGUCGGAGUCCGCGGCCCGCCGAAACGGAAUCCGCGGAGCUUGUCGGAGUCCGCGGCCCGCUGAAACGCUUCGAUGUGGCAGUGCGACUGUCUGUUGAAACGGAACAUCUGCGGAGUGUUUCGGAGCUGAAGGACGGUAAACUCACA